AUGGCCCAAAGAGUCCAACAGAUCAACAAUCAUCUUUCGCAACAUAAUCCUUGUGUCGCUAGGAUUGGUCAUAAAAGUCCUGAAGAUGUUGUCAUAGUUACUGCCGUUCGUACACCUAUGACAAGAUCAAAGAAAGGCGGCUUCAAGGAUACAUUACCCGAAGAAUUACUGGCUGCAGUCUUUAAGGCCGUUCUUGAUAAGUCAAAGAUUGACCCUAAACUAAUUCAAGAUGUCGCUGUUGGAAAUGUUCUUCCACUUGGUGGAGGUGCCACUGUUGCCCGUGCUGCCUCUUUAUACGCUGGAAUCCCAGAUACUGCCGCCUUGAACACAGUUAAUAGGCAAUGUUCUUCUGGUUUGCAAGCUGUUGUACAAAUCGCUAACGAAAUUGCUCUUGAUCAAAUUGAAGUAGGAAUUGGCGCUGGUGUUGAGAGCAUGACUUUUGGCUUCGGUGCAAACGCUAUGCCUUCCGAAACAUCUGAAAAAGUAUUUUCAAACAAGCAAUCAAAUGAUUGUUUAUUGCCUAUGGGAAUUACUUCUGAAAACGUUGCAAGAGAAUUUGGAGUUAGUCGCGAAAAGCAAGACGCAUUCUCUGCUCUAUCUCAUCAAAAAGCUGCUGCUGCCCAAGCUGCUGGGCUCUUUAAGGAAGAAAUUAUUCCUGUAGAAACGAAAUGGGUUGACCCCAAAACUGAGGAAGAAAAAACUAUUGUUGUUUCUCAAGAUGAUGGCAUUCGAAAGGGUACUACUGCUGAAGUCUUGGCAAAGCUAAAACCUGCAUUUAAAAAAGAUGGAACUACCACUGCCGGUAGUUCUUCUCAAGUGUCAGAUGGAGCGGCGGCUGUUCUACUUAUGAAAAGGAAAACUGCAGAGAGACUUCGACUUCCAAUACUUGGUAAAUUUGUUAACGCCUCUGUCGUUGGAGUUCCUCCUCAUGUGAUGGGUAUUGGGCCUGCUUACGCAAUUCCAGCCGUUCUCAAGAAAACGGGUCUCGGUAUCAAUGAUAUUGAUAUUUACGAAAUUAAUGAAGCUUUUGCUUCUCAAGCUGUUUAUUGUGUUGAGAAGUUAGGUAUUGAUAUAAAGAAAGUUAAUCCAAAAGGUGGUGCCAUUGCAAUUGGACAUCCUCUUGGAUGUACUGGUGCUCGUCAGAUUUCUACACUUUUAUUUGAAUUGAGAAGAACAAAGAAAAAGACUGGUUUGGUUUCUAUGUGUAUCGGUACUGGUAUGGGUAUGGCAGCAGUUUUUGAAGCUGAAUG